CCGGGCCCGGUGCGGAGGAGCGGCCGCCGGCUCCGAGCGGGGUCUGCGGGCUCCCCCCGCCCGGCGGGACCCCGGGAUGGCCUCGGGCAAGGCGGCGGGGGAGCGGCGGUGGGAGCUGGUGCGCUGGUAUGUGCGAGAGGGCCGCUUUCGCAUUGAGGAGAGGACGCUGACGGCUUUCCAGUGGCUCUACUCGCCCCACCAGCACCGCAUCGUCAGCCGGGCAGACCUGGGCUCCCCCAGCAGGAUCGACAAGAAAAUGCUGGCCAGCCUGAAGAUCAAGAAGCAGGAGCUGCUGAACAGCACGGAUGUGACCGUCCCGGAGCGGCCCCUGUCACCGCCUCUGACAGCCCCACCGACCAUGAAGUCAGCAGAAUUCUUCGAAAUGCUGGAAAAAAUGCAGGCACCAAAACUGGAAGAGCAGAAGUCUGGAAGCCAAAAACACAAGGAAGACUACAUCCCAUACCCCAGCAUCGAUGAGAUCCUGGAGAAGGGUAGCCCAUACCCACUGAUCAUCCUGCCCCAGUUUGGGGGAUACUGGAUAGAAGACCCAGAAAACCUUGGCACGCCCACCUCAUCUGACAGCAGCAUCUGCGAGGAGGAGGAGGAAAACCUCAGCCCCAGCACCUAUGGCUACAAGCUGGAGUGCAAGGGAGAGGCCAGAGCCUACCGCAAGCAUUUCCUGGGGAAGGAUCAUUUAAAUUUCUACUGUACAGCCAGCAGCCUUGGAAAUCUGAUCCUUUCUGUUAAAUGCGAGGAGACAGAUGGCACAGAGUAUUUAAGGGUUAUACUCAGGUCCAAAGUCAAGACAUUGCAUGAGAGGAUUCCAUUGGCAGGAUUCAGCAAACUCCCGAGUAUCCCCCAGAUUGCAAAGGCCUUCUGUGAUGACGCCUCUGGGCUGAAGUUUAACCCGGUUCUCUACCCUAAGGCAUCCCAGAUGAUAGUGUCUUAUGAUGAGCAUGAGGUCAACAACACAUUCAAGUUUGGUGUGAUUUACCAGAAGUUCAGGCAGACCCAAGAGGAGGAGCUGUUUGGCAAUAAUGAAGAGAGCACUGCCUUCAAGAACUUCUUAAGUUUUCUGGGAGACACCAUAACUCUUCAGGAUUUCAAAGGUUUUCGAGGAGGCCUGGAUGUCAGCCAUGGGCAGACGGGAGUGGAGUCUGUGUACACGGUGUUCAGGGACAGGGAGAUAAUGUUUCAUGUCUCUACAAAGCUGCCUUUUACCGAAGGAGACACACAACAACUCCAGAGGAAGAGGCACAUUGGCAAUGACAUUGUGGCAAUUAUCUUCCAAGAGGAGAACACGCCAUUCGUCCCAGACAUGAUUGCCUCCAACUUCCUGCACGCCUACAUUGUGGUGCAGGUGGAGAGCCCCGAGGCGGAAAACACGGCCUACAAGGUGUCAGUGACAGCCCGGGAAGAUGUUCCCUCCUUUGGCCCACCCCUGCCGAGCCCUCCGGUGUUCCAGAAGAGCCCCGAGUUCCGGGAAUUCCUGCUGACCAAGCUCAUCAACGCUGAGAACGCCUGCUGCAAGUCUGACAAGUUUGCGAAGCUGGAGGACCGGACUCGGGCCGCCUUGCUGGACAACCUGCACGACGAGCUGCACGGGCACACGCAGACCAUGCUGGGGCUGGGGCCUGAGGAGGACAAGCUGGAGAAUGGGGGCCAUGGAGGCUUUCUGGAGUCUUUCAAGAGAGCCAUCCGGGUGCGCAGCCACUCCAUGGAGACGAUGGUGGGCAGCCAGAAGAAGCACCAUGGCAGUGGCAUCCCAGGCAGCCUCAGUGGGGGCAUUGCACACAACAGCGGUGAGGUGACAAAGACCACCUUCUCGCCCCCUGUCCCAGCUGUUGCUGCCAAGAACCAGUCCAGGAGCCCCAUCAAGCGCCGGUCAGGGCUGUUCCCUCGCCUGCACACGACAUCGGAGAGCCAGGCAGAGAGCAGGACGAGGUGUGACAGUGUUUCUGGAACCCAGAAGACACCAGAUCUGGGACAUUCUUCCCAGGAGAUGAAAUCUGAAACCUCAUCCAACCCCAGCUCCCCUGAAAUAUGCCCCAACAAAGACAGGCCUUUUAUCAAGCUGAAAGAGAACGGGCGGUCGAACAUCUCCCGUUCCUCCUCCAGCACCAGCAGCUUCAGCAGCACGGCGGGGGAGAGCGAGACCCUGGAGGACUAUGACAGCGUGGGAAGCCAGCCCUCCACGGCGUCACCCUUCAAGCAGGACGUGUUUGUCUACAGCGCUUCGCCCGGCAGUGAGAGCCCCGGCGUGGGGGCCAUGGCCACCCCUGUCAUCAUGAGCAGGAGCCCCACAGCAGAUCUAAAGAACAGAAAUUCUCCGAGGUCCAACCUGAAGUUUCGCUUUGACAAGCUCAGCCAUGGCAGCUCCAGCAUGAGCCACUAGCAGGAGGAAGUCAUGACCUUGUCACAGGAUGUUUCAACAAAGGGAAAAAUCUUCAACACCCCAUGGGACCACGCACGCCCUGGCCAUGGGCAGCGAGGUGCCCUCACCCGCUACACCAGAAAAGAGCUCUCACCUUGCUGCAGUUCUGUCCUGACAGGGACCAGCCACCUUCUCACCGUGUCCCCCUGUCCA